AUGACAAGUCUGCUGAAGAAACAAGGCAUUAUUCACAAGGUGGCAACGGCUUACCAUCCCCAGACCAAUGGACAAGCCGAGGUGUCCAAUAGAGAGAUCAAGCGCAUACUCGAGAAGAUCGUGAAGCCUCAUCGAAAGGAUUGGAGUGCUAGACUUGCAGAUGCGCUAUGGGUUUAUCAGACUGCAUACAAGACACCUAUCGGCAUGAGUUCGUUCCGCCUCGUCUACAGAAAGGCUUGUCACCUUCCGGUAGAGGUGGAACACAAAGCUUUUUGGGCUUUGAGAGAAUGCAACUUAGGAUUGGGAGGAGUCGGAAUGGAAAGGAAAUUACAGCUACAUGAAUUGGAGUGCCUUCGACUAGAAGCAUAUGAGAACUCAAGGCUCUACAAGGAAAAAGUGAAGGCGGUGCAUGACAAGAACAUCAAGAGAAGAGAGUUUAAAGCUGGGGAUUUAGUCCUCCUCUAUAACUCAAGGUUGAGAUUCAUGCCAGACAAGUUGAGAUCAAGGUGGGAAGGACCCUAUAGGGUGGAAAAGUCUGAGCCAUAUGGAGUCUCCCACCUGAGUCACUCUUCAUGCCCCACAUUCUUCAAAGUCAAUGGCCACCGGUUGAAGCGAUAUCAUGUAGAGAAGAUGAAGAACAACAAGGAGCUGGAGAUCUUCUUCUUGAAGGAUCCAGCACAAGAAGUGGACUGA